UGUCUGUCGUAUCCAACCAACAACCCUAAAUGUUUAAAACCCUAAAUUUACAUACCAAAAAACAUCAACAAAAACAACAAUCUACAAAACCCUAAUGCCGAAUCAACAACCCAUUCUCACUAACCCUCGCCAGUCACCACCACCGCCGUCGCCGGAGCUAGUCCGUCGCCGGGGAGGCAUAUUUACAGUUCCAAGAAGACUAAUACUAAGACAACCGGAUUACUCUCAUAUAAUAUCUCCAAGAAUACCAAUGAAACUUUUACUUAACGUUAACGUCGAAGGAAGUUUUGGUCCGAUCCCGAUCGUGAUUUUGAAAGAUCAAACGGUGGAGGAUCUUGUUAAGGUGGUGGUUGAAACUUAUGUUAUGGAAAAGAGACGGCCGUUGUUGACGGAAUCCGAUCACCGGAAAUUUGAACUUCAUUAUUCGCCGUUUAGUUUGGAAAGUUUGAAGAUGGAUGAGAAAUUACUAAAUUUGGGAUCAAGAAAUUUCUACAUGUGCCGGAAGCCACCGACCGCCGUUUCCGGCGCCGGCACCGGCGCCGGUAGUUCAAUGUCGAACACUUGUAAUAGUGAAGCAGAGGAAUUUUUGGAAUCUGGGUUUUUAAUUACUAAAUUGUUGUUUCUAUUAUAAAUUAACAUAUAUUAUUAGCUAUUUUGAAUGUACCUAAGUUAUGAACUUGUGGUCAUGUGACCCUACUUUAAAUUGUGUAAUCGAAUGGAUUUUUAGAUAAAAUCUUUGUUAGUUAAGCUAUUAAGUGGGUUUAUUGUGUGAAUUUUAUAGCAAUUUUUUGG